GCCAUCUUGGUUACAGCCAGCUGUUUGUUCAUACCUUCCUUACUCUUCUUAAGCAGAGAUACGCGACAUGCCGGCGUCUCGCUCUCGAUCGAGAUCGCCGAGGAGGAUUUCGACUUCAUCAAAACCGAAUUCUCGUGAGCUUAUCACGAUUAAAACCGAAAAAGACUCCGAAAAUAGCACAAAUAAGAACACUGACUCUUCAGCUUCCCAGAGCACCAAACCAAGUGAGAAGCCUUUCCGAAAGCCAUUAGAAUCGUCAGCCUCCAAAAGUAGCGGCGCGAGCAAUUGGAGUUCAUCACACAAAACUAAGGAGAGAAAGUUUUCCGGACGAUGUAGGCUUUUCGUGGGGAACCUGACCAACUGCGACGAGAAGGAGCUUAGGGAUAUGUUUGAAAAGUAUGGAGAGGUGGCAGAGGUCUUUGUAAACAAGGAUAAAGGAUUUGGUUUCGUGAGACUGGAUACACGUCUGAAUGCAGAAGCUGCUAAACAAGCUGUUGAUAACCAGUAUAGAAAUGGAAGAACUUUGCGUGUGCGAUUUGCCCAACAUGCAGCUGCUCUGAAAGUACUAAAUCUUGGUCCAACAGUCACAAAUGAGCUGUUACAUCAGGCUUUUUCACAGUUUGGUGAUGUGGAGCGAGCCAUUGUUGUCUGUGAUGACAGAGGAAAAUCCAAAGGACAUGGUAUUAUUGAGUUUUCAAGAAAGAACUCUGCUCAAACUGCUUUGCAGCAAGUUAAUGAUGGCUUAUUCCUCCUUGGAAGAACCCCAUGUCCUGUAUCUGUCAAACAGUUAGAGCAUAUAGAAGAUGAAGAUGGUAUUUUAGAUGAACAUAUGAAGAGAAAUCCUGCAUUUCAAAAAGAGAGAGAAGCCCAACCACACUUUGUGUCACCCAACACAUUUGAGUCAGAAUGGGCCCAGAGAUGGCGAGCAUUGGAAGAAAUGGAAGGAUCCCAGAGAGAAGCUCUAGACAAACAGUUUAAAGAAGCUCGUGAUAAAUUGCAAGGGGAAAUGGAUCAGGCUAUCCAGGAACAUGAAGCUGUACUAAUGAGACAAGAAAUUCAACGUCGUCAAGAUGAGCUUCGUCGAUUUGAAGAGAUGCGUCAGAAAGAAGAGAUGAUGAGGCAAGCAGAAUUAAGGAGACAAGAAGAAAUGCGUCUUCAGGAAGAAUUGCAGCGGAGGGAAGAAGAGCUGCGACAUAAGGAGGAGCUCUUCAGGCAGCAACAGCGAGAACUUCAGAGGCAUCGACAAGAGGACAUGUACCUACAGGAUUCUAUGCGGCAUAUGGAUACUAACAUCCCACCAGGAAUGCCUCCCAUGGGACCUCCUGGUGGAGACUGGGGAAGAGGGCGUGGUGGACCACCCCCACGAGGACCACCAGGAAGAGGUGGACCACUAGGCCGUGGAGGGCCAGGCUUUGGUCCUCGUCCACCAGGUCCAGGGAUGGGGAACCCUCCAAGGAUGGGCCCAGGAAUGAUGCCACCAAGAGGACCACCUAUGGGAGGUCCACCUCCAGGCCCUCGUGGACCCAUGGGACCAGGGAUGAGACCUAAUGGGCCGAGGCCAAGAUUUGAAAAUGAAAGGGAACGUGAUCGUGAAAUGGUCGAUCGUGAUCGGCUUGCUGCACGCUCACGAGAGCCACCUUCAAGAGACCGUGGAGAUUUCAAGAGACCUCGUUACUAGGCAGGCACACACCAUAAUGACUCUGUCAUAUUGCUGUUCUAUUCAAUACAUGAGUGAAAAUAACUAAAAUGGCUGUUUUGAAGUGUGCAAAGUGACUUCCUUAGAUGACAUCAAGAGAGAAGGAGAUGUUUUGAACUAGUAUUUGUAUGUGCAUCAUAGUUUUGUAGUGGAGUUUGGAACCAUUUGAAUUUAGUUUGCAGUAGAUUUGGCUUCCCAUAAAAAUUUGUGGAUAAUUGUUGUGGCUGAGCAAAUAAUCUUGGGGGAAUUAGUUCUCAAAACUUUUUUAGCUGUAAGGGUAACUUCAAGCGACAUCUUAACAAAGGCAGAGGACAAGUCUAAAAUUCUUUUUUUUUUAAUUCCAUUUAUUAGCUAUACCAGUUUUCACAAGGGAAUUAUUCUGUUCUUGUUUUUCAUGUAUUUAAAGUUGGAAUCAAUACCACUAAAAUGUGGAAAGGCAUUGAAUGCUAGGUUUAUUGUGUUUAUAUUCAUAUAUAUCAACUGCUAGAUACCCAUAUAUAAUACAUGUAGCAUUUCUAGAGAGGUUUAAGUAGAAAUUAUAGUCAUUUUUAAACUGCUGUUGUCAAGCUUUUAUUUCUGUUUUGAAUGAUUCUGCGACUCUGUGUACCAAUAUUAUCAUGAUCUUUUCUCUAGCUCGAUUGGGACAACUGGCAGUUGUGGUUUUCAGCAAAAAGAUGUCUUUUUCUCCACAAAAUAUAUUUUCCCUAUUAUUUUUCGUUUUAAGUUCAUCUACUUUAAUCAUGCAGAAAAAAGUGCUUGAACACUUGAGGCUACAAAGAAGUUAACAUUUUUAUGUCCUUAUGGCAUGCAAACACAGAAAGUUCAAAUUUUUUUGCAGUUGAUAUUAGCAGAUGAACAGCAAUGUUUUGUACAUUGAAUCCUGGGUAUCUGAGAGAUAUAAAUUGAAGCUGUCUGUAACCUUCAGUUGUGAACACAUUCUUUAGUUCAGACUGUCAUCUUCUUCUAUUACAAAAAUGAUCUCUUAACCAUUUUUAUGGUGGGAUAACUGCAAGGAAUACCCAUUCCAAUGCUUAGGCAAUUACCUUGAAUUAGUAAUACUCAUACUUGAACAAUCAUUUGAUCAUAAUUGCGACUGAUCUGAUUGUACCAUUAUAUAGAAUUGGCAACUGGUUUCAAGUGAUGGGUUCAAUUUUUUCAUAUGUAUAUUCAAAUCACCUAAGGGUUGGGUAAAUUUACCCAUUUAUUAAUUAUGCAGCUAGCAGUUAUGUUACUUCACACAUAACAUUGAUUAUUGUCCCCUCAUUGAACUCCAAAUUCCCUUCCAGAAGUGUUUGAAAAGAUGUUUUCUUUGAAGAUAUUCUUUUCCCUGAUUUGAAGACCAAUUUCCUUUGUGUUCUCCUUGGCUUAGGGCUAGAUUUGUCUGCAAACAGAUACUUUUGUGCUGUAGUAACAGAGAUUUAACAGAUAUUUCUCUUUUGAACAUCGGCUAUAAGGGUUACACUGUACUUACUUUUCAGAUGUAAUUUCCUGAAAGGUUUUUACAAAAACUACACUCGUGGAACCAACUUGCCUUCUCUUUGGUUGUCAAACUUGCGUCAUGUGAGUCUACUGAAGGCAUUUUUUUGGUCUGUAGUGAAACAAAGAGUACAGAGUGUAUGUAUUCUUUACCUUUCAAACCCUUGUUUAUUUGUCCAAACCAACUGCUUUACCUUGAAUCAUAUGUUCUUGUAAAGUACUGAAUAUUUCAUCUGAGAAUUAUGAUUGACUGGGAAUCAGGGUUGGCGCAGGGCUGAUGUUAUCUGUUGGUUGUAUCACUUGCUGAUGAUAUUUGCUUCCUCAUCAAAGGUCACAAUUACUUGAGGCUUUAGUGACAUAUUCAAUAAACUUUGUAACUUACAUUGAAAAGUGUGACUUGGGUCGUAGCAAAAGGUUAAACUGGACUCAAGUUGGAUCUGCAAAGGGAUGUCUCAUACAAUCAUAUGGUUUGUUGCAAUGUGUGAAUUGCAACCAUUUUGUGAAAUGAGUUUCAAGGGUUUAUUUAUGCACCAGUAUUUCCAGCAAAGCUGUUAGUAGUCAUAAUAUAUAAGCAACAAAGCAAGCUGAUCUGCAAUCAACAACUGUUUGAGAGGCACAAAGUAAAAUAUUUUCAGUUCUUAGGUUAGUAAUUGUUGUCAGAUGCCUCUGCAUUGUUCUUUGUUAAAUUGCAGUGGAAGCAAACAAAAAAAAAUUGCUCAUGUUUUGAAGAAAAUUAUUUGUACAAUCUGAUAUUUGGUAAAAAGAUGCAGUUGUCAAAGAAAAAAAUAUAUACCAUAUUUAAAUUGUAUUGACCCAUUUAAUUGUUAGAGACCAAGUUCCCAAAGCUGGCAUCAGAGUUUAUGACAGCAUUAAGUGCAUCGGUUGUUAGCAUUCAGGGCCAGGUUGUUUGAAAAGUGGUUUGUGAUAAUCUGGGAUUAAAGUUCAACUUGUCCUUGAUUUCUCUUGUGAUAUAGUGCAUAUUAGUACUUACAUUUUGAGGAGUUUUACCCAUGUGAGACAACACUGGAGGAAAUUUAUUAACAAUUAAGACUGUUUGCAAAGCUUCAAAACUAAAUAAAAAAUUGUUGGCUAACCUUUAGUUAGCUUAACAAUGCAGCCCAGAUGAUUAAAACAGCUUAACAAGAUAAGGACUUUCAUUUUUAGACAUCUUUCAAGAUAUACUUCAAUCAAGGGGUUGUUCUGGUGAUGAAUGGAUGGCAUUUUGCUGUAUUAAGCAUUCAAAAUCAAAGUUCAUGCAAAUUUAUUGCAAACAACUUGGGCACAUAAAAUGCAUAUCAAUUUUUUUUUGGACAUCUAAUUUUGAUUUGGUGUGGGAUCAGUCAAAAGAUCAGUUUAAAAACAAUUUGGGCAAGUUAUAUUGAAAAUCCAUUUCACUGAGUUUUAAAUUUUGUUUGGUAUUGGACUAGUAAAAUGAUCUUUUAACAACAUUUCAAAAUCUUUUAAUUUCAUGUGGAAGAGGAGUACAAAAAAUUUAAUUGAACAAUUUAAACAGAGGCUUUCAGGCCUGUGCCUUAUGUUUAAAAAAAAACAUCCAAAUUCCAAUCCAACAAAGAAAGCAGCAGAUUUCCUAGGUGUGUUUCACCAAAGUGAAACGGUGUACCAUUGGAUGUUACAGCCUGGAAAGAGCAAGGUAUGUGAGUGACUUGAGUAAAGUACUGGUAAAGAUCAGCAGUUUAUAAUUUUAAGACGGUAUGUUACGAAAGCAAGUACAGUGUACACUUUAGAAGCAAAGUAAGCAGUGGUCAGCUUAUUUGCUGAUCCUUAAGCCAUGGAUACAGUUAGGUAAACUUAAAUUUUUACAUCUUUUAGUACUUCUUGAGAUAUUAAUAAAAAUUUAUUAACAGAAGUAUGCAAAAGCAGCUGCACCAAGUUGAAUUAAUCAUUGUACUACCUAAGUGGCAUUAGUUUGGGUAAGACAUUUUCUGCUCACAGUGUUUUUGUUUUUACCAAUUCCCUUAUUUUCAUGGAUUCUAAAGAUGGUGUAACCAGAAGUUAGAGAACACUUUUUUGAUUUAACUUGAGGAAGAGUUGUUGGAUGAAUCUGUUGUUCCAUGUAACUAAGUUUUUUUAGAAUGUUUAGUGGGUAUGCAUCUCCUAUAUCACAACCAACCAUAGUUGAUGGCAAUUGUUUCUGAGUUGUGUUUAAGUGUAAAAUGAACUUGCUGAAUUUGGUCACCUUUUAUUUUAUCGAUUGAACAUUUUCAAUUGUUAUUCUUAUGUUUAGUUUUGAUAAUUCCUGAAAACUUACUCGGCAAAUCUUAUGCUCUGUGUAUGAAGUUCAAGCAUUGUUGUUAGCUACCACUAGUAGUCAUCGGCAUUAUCUUAUAUGCGGUAAGCAGCGUAAUUCAAUUAUUGCCCCUCGCUGGGGAAAGAAUUUGAAAAAAGUUGCAGAUAUUCAAGUGAACCUUCGUUGACUGGUGUUGAAUGGCAUAUCUGCCGAUGUGAUGCACAUAACAGCUGAAGGUAAUGUACUAUAAGUUCUUAACUCUCAUUACUGAAACUUAGCUUGUUUCAAAAGAUCUAUUAAUCCUGUGCUAAAGUCAAAUCGUUGACUUAUUGCAAUACUUCAUCUUGCUGCACUCCUGUACCAAACAAUCAUGAUGGUGUAAGCUACAUUGAUCCAGAGUUAUCAAAAUCAGGGUCUAGAAGGUUUCCAAAAUUGAUUAAAUUGUAGCUUUCCUUCCAAGCUUUCUGCAACAUUGCAUUAUUUCAAGGAACAGAGAAUGAAUAAGCAUUUAAAAAUCUUAAACUUUUGGUAAGCUUGCAAUUUCUUGAAAGCUGCCAACCCCAUUAUUAUAAUGUUAUGCAUAUCAUGACCUCAGUUAUUGGCAGUGAAGUUUUAUAAACUUUUGUCUACUUUUUGAAGCAUACUUUUUUACAAUUUGCCAGCUAAGGCAAGGUGACCUUAUUUGUUGCCUGUGCAUUAUUUGUAGUUGAGUUUCUGUCACUACUUUGAAAUAUGUAUCACGAAAAUUUGAAUUUCAAAAGGUGAAACAAAAAUACUUUUUAGUUUUCAAUCAGUGAAUCAUCAUCAGGGUACGCAUUUUUGUAGUUGGAAAUGAUGAUGAUGAUAAUGAAAUGAUUGAAGACAUUCAUUGUUUUAGAUCGCAGUUAUAAAGUUUUUCUCGAGUUGGUUUAUUGGUGAAAACAAUUUGAAGAGAGCAGAAACUACUUUGUAUUAGUACCGUAUUAUUUAGAACUGUUAAUGGGAUUUAAGAGAAGGUUCUAUAAUCUGACUAGAAAUUGUUUAAAUGAUGAAUCAUAUGCUGUGUGACCUUACUGUGUGAAAAAAAUGUUAGUAAAUACUAAAUUGUUACCGUUUGUUUCACAAUGUGGUCAUUUCAAACAUGGAUUACAAUGUUUAGACUGAAUUCUGUGCAUUGUUUGUCCAGCAUGCGAGCAGUGAAUUGUGGUAGUACACACUACAUUGUGAGACAAACAAUAUCUCUUCAUUAUAACUGUGUUGUGUUAUGAUGAAAAACCACAAACAUUUUUAAGACAUUUAAAAUUUUGUUCUCUAUUUAAGUGAUUCCUUGUUUGUCAGAUGUACUGUUACAUGGAAUAUUAUAUCUCAAAAUAUAAGGAAAACUUCAAUGGAAUAAAAUUUCAAUUGUGAAGCUUUUCAAGCAUCGUCAAUGAGUUAUUUGAUGCUAAUAUUACAGAGAAGGGAAAGUUUUUAUUAUUGUAAAGUGCUUUUUGUGUCUGAAGUUGAUUCCUUGUUCACGUUUGUUUUGCAGGAGUACUUAAUUCUGUUAACUUUUCUUAUUCUAAAGAUUUGUUUUGCUGUUUUUGUUUCUUUGUGUUAAGCUUAUUGGUGUCAUUUGAAGAGUGCAGUAACUUCAAACAGAGAUUGAAAUUGUAACUUACCCAGCUAUGGGGGGAUUUCCUGUCAUAAUUGUGUGUGGUUACAAAGUUGAAGGUUUACUGCCCCACAUGGCAGAGCAAGGAAUACCGAGUUGAGAUUUGAUUCACCAUCAAUUUGUAAGCCCAAUUUUUGGAAGAGUUACAGAUGAAAGCUGGGGAACCAAGGGGAACAAAAGUCACCAAAGUUUUGACAGCACAGAGAACAAAUUAUGUGCGUUCAAACAGAUAUUUCGACAGCACAAGGAGUAAAUGAGGAAUGGCUUCAUUUGUUUUUACAUUUGGUCGUUGUAAAUUUAGCAGCUAGAUUCCAUCUUGCCAUGCAUUUGUUCGGUAAUAGAUGACGUUAAAAUGUUGUAAGAAUGUAAGUGUCUCGCUUGGAGCAGCCAAGUGUCUUACUGAUGUUCUUAACUUAUUUUGACGCCGUCUGUGAACCAUCAGUGAACAGACGCUUAGCAACAUGUUGUCUGUCUGUGUUUUUUAAUUAAAAAAAAAAGCUAUAUCUUAGCGUCUGUUCUUGUAAGAACCAUUAAGAAUACGGGUUGAAUGCAGCUUAUAUAUAUAACAUCGUAGUUGUUUUUGGUUUUGAAGCCCUGUUGCAAACCUUUUCAGUAUUCUCAAGUUGUUGAGGUGGUUUUUGGAGGGUGUGUCAUGUUCUUCUGGGAUGAUUUGCGACGGAUUUUUUUGUUUGGAUGUUACAAGGCUCCUUUCCCUAUUUGAUGUAAGCAAUUCUCUAGUGCCUGGUUGCGGUUUAGUGAGUUAAGUUAGAGGUAAAACUGGUGUUCCUCCCCAUCUCCUCCCCUCCCCCCUCUACUCCGAAGGGGCAGACGGGCCUGCGAUAGUUUCGGUCAUCUGAUUGGCCUUUGUUAUUGCUAAGGUUUUUUUUUUGUUCUACAACACUCUUUACAGAUUGAAUAAGAGACCUUGUUUCGUCUGAAGAACACACACCCUCGCUAGUAUGUUCCAAGGAUUCAGUUGGCAAAACGGAUCGAAGUAUAGGAAUAGGCGCUCCUCUCCAGCACCAUCUCGUCUUCGUUUUACAAACUGAAUUCAUGGAGCAGGCUUGCUCGAGCUUAUGAAUUUGUCUAUUCUUGUCUUGCUAGGAGAAUUAAUACGUUAAACACUUAUAUCAUACAAACUACGGUGUUAUACGAAGAUUUCCGGCUCUGAGAAAAGCCGUAACAACAAACGUGAAGAAAUACGAUAUUUUUUCACGUGUUUGAUAUAACUAGUCGGCUGCUGACACGUCACUCGUCUUUGGCGCCACUUGCUUAAAGCCUUCACCAUUCUCAAUCCAAGGUAGUUUGUCAGAAUUUUCUCGGAUUAUGGCUGCUAAAACACUGAAAAAAUCUUUAUCACUGAAGGACAGUGACGCACAAACUUUCCUAGAGGAGGAAGAAAACCAAUAUACCAGAAGAAAGCCGAAAGUUGCGUAUUCAGUAGCUUUGGUAAUGGCUUUUGUCGCGGCUGUGAACGAAAAUCGACAAUUGGAAGAUUUUCCACAGACCGAUUUUGGCCGUUACCUAAAAUAUUUUUUCUUUCGGUAAAGACAAAGUCAAUAAAUGAGAAUUUUACAACUUAAUAA